CGCGUGCAACAUGUCGUCCAAAGUGCAAGAAAAUGGCAGUGCCACCACUAACACCUCCGAUGCAAUCAACACGGACACCACGGUACCAAACAGCAGUGCCCUGCUGCCGCACCUCGAAUCGCUCGACCGAAUGCUGAAGCUACCGGUAGUGGAUGCGACCUGGCAGCAAACCCAGAACGUGUACGGCCGCGUGAAAGACUACAAUCCACUGCUGACAUGGGCACUCGGUACAGCUGAAGAUGUUGUAUGUCGUGCUGUAACCAUCUCUGCCCCACUCGUACAGAAAUUCGAUCGCCCACUGCAGCUUGUGGACCAAACGUUGGUCAAGGGUAUCGACAAACUGGAGGUGAACGCACCGAUCAUCAAGGAGCAACCGGCCGAAAUUUACCAACAGGCACGUAGCAAAGUCAUUGAAACGGUGAAACCACACAUCGAAAAGGUGUGCGAGCUGCGUUCCGCAUCCCAGCAGCGUGCCGCGUCACUGAAGGAUCUUUCGUGGCGCAAAGCGAACGAAGUACUGGCAACGCAGUACGGUAGCCUAGCGGUGAACGGUGUCGACACGACGGCUCAGCUGGCCGAGCGUCUGCUCGACUACUACUUCCCCAAGUCGGACACGGACGCGGAUGACGAUAAUGUACCCAUCUCUGCAAAGGACGAUCCGGUGCUCCACACGGUGCAAACGGUUGGUCGUCUAUCAAACAAGGUUGCGCGUCGCGUCUACCGUACCGUGUCCACGCAGGUGAAAUCGCUCCGGAAGGAGGACGUUCGCGACUACGUGGCAACCCUUAUUGCCGUGCUGCGCCUUACCCAGUACCUGAACUUCAUCAACGAAAAGCGACAGGCGGUGGAAGGCAGUACCAAGGAUGUGGCACCCAAUACACCUAGUACCGUCACUCCCGCAGUCAACACCGCCAGCACCUCCGAUGUGGUCGCCACCACGGAGAAAGUUAAAACUUUGGAGUAAAAGCUAAACUAGAUCGCAAAAG